UGACACCAUAGCUGUUGAGAUGAAACUCGCAAAGGAGGCUUGGAAUGAGUUGUGCAAAAUAAAAGACACCAACAUCAAAUUGACUCCUUCGGCAAUGAAAAUGAUCUUGAAGCGCACAUCACACGUCCGCGGUGAACUCAAAACAAAAAUGCGAUCGCUGACUUGUUCAUAUUUUGGGUUCCGCUCAAGUGAUUCAAAGGAGGUUAUAAGGCACAACCGUGAUCAGGCCGAAUCCUUGAAAGACGGUUCCUCAUUUGUUUUCAAGGAUUGGACAUUGAAGACUGGUAUCUACAAGACCGAAUUGCUGCAAGAAGGCAUCAACAUCAUGUGGUUCGCAAACCGAAACGACGAAGGUAUUAUAUACCACAAGUAUUUCAACCCCAUACCUCCCGAAGUCAUUGCACUCGUUCUGACAGCCGCGAGUCACAUCCUGUAUUCUUACAUUGAAGUCAAUGGCGCUGAAGAUGCCUCAUCAUUGAUAGAUUGAGUGUUGUAUUGACGAGUGGGCUCAAGGUCUUAAGGAAGAUAUCAAAUUUACAUCAGCUACGUACGGUUCUGUCUACAAAGGUCAUUUGGCCUCAUUGCAGCGCUUUCAACAACACACAGCGCCUUAUAAACUUCUCGAGAAGAUUUGUGACAAUCUCCAUGACACGGCUCGCUUCCAUGCUGGUGUCCAGCCACUUGCUAUGAUAUCGGCUGCACCCCACCGGAUUAACGACGACGCAUUUGAAGAUGUGAUUCGAGAAUACCAACUUGAAGAGCAGGAUAAUGUGGAGGAUGACGAGAGUUGAGGGGCAGGAUGAUGAUGUGGGGGCUAUCGAGAGUAGCAGGCGAGGAUUGAGGUAUUAAUUGAAUCUGCUACUAGCUUAUUUG